GGAAAGGUGCGUGACGCCAAGUCCGAGUGCACGCCGGGGAAAUCGGAGCCGGAGUCGCCAUGGAGCGCGGCCGUCCCGCUAGCAGCCCACGCAGCGCGGAGUCCGCCCCGCCGGCCCCCGCCGGCCUCGACUGGAGCCCAGGACCGACCGGGACCGGGCCAACAGGCCCCAGCGGGGUCGCGGCGCGCUCCGGGGGUGGCCGUCCAGCCGCUGCGAACGCCGCGCGGGAGCGCAGCCGUGUGCAAACCCUGCGGCACGCCUUCCUGGAGCUGCAGCGCACGCUGCCGUCGGUGCCGCCGGACACCAAGCUGUCGAAGCUGGACGUGCUGCUGCUGGCCACCACCUACAUCGCCCACCUCACCCGCAGCCUGCAGGACGACACCGACGCGCCGGGGGACCCCGGUCUGGGCGCCUUGCGAGGCGACGGCUAUCUGCACCCAGUAAAGAAGUGGCCCAUGCGAUCAAGACUGUAUAUCGGUGCAACUGGUCAGUUUCUGAAACAUUCGGUCUCCGGAGAAAAGGCAAGCCAUAGCGACGCUUCAGCCGCCUCACAGCCGUAGGUGUGUGCUGGGGUCUGGCAGAGCGGUGGCUAUUGUUUUUAAAGACUGUGAAAUAAUUGUACUUAUUGCAUUGGACCUAACAAACACUGUUUCUGAAAGUUUACAUUGGAACCUGAAGUGGAAUAUCAAAAUCUGUAUAAAUAAAUGUGGAAUAGAAUAAUGAGCCCUAUAUAAAAAUAUGUAGCUUAUUUAGUCAUUGUGUCAAUAGUAAAGAGAAGCUAUUCACAGAAAAGAAACACACAUACAAGUGUUGAGUUGUACUCACCCAGACAAUGCAUACACUGGCUGUUACAAACUGAAAAACUGAUGUUUCCUUUCAGUUUUAGGAAAUAAAACAUGGAACAGACAUGGUGUUAUGUCUAUAAUCCCAGCAUUCCAAGAUGCAGAGACAGGCAGAUAUCUAUGAGUUCAAGGCCAGCCUGCUCUACAUAGAGAGUUUGGGGCCAGCCAGGACUUCACAGUGAAACCCUGUCUCAAAGAAUAAAUAAAAUGUGUUUAUAUUAGUAUUCAAUUUUUGUGAAAGCCAGCACAUACUUUGAGGUGGCCAUUUUAGUUAGAAAAUAUAAGAUCAUUAUUCAGCUUGUGUGUGAGAAUGUGUGUGUGAAAGUUGUUGCAGCAACUUUUAUCAGUAGUUAUUUUUUCCAGAUAGAAAAUGUAUAAGGAGUAUUAGAAAUGUUUUGUUUUUUUAUGAAACAUGGUAUGAUCACCUUUCAAGAGGUUCAUCAAUAUUAAGAUCUAACCAUGCAGGCCAGUAUGAGCAGAGGCUCGGGAGUCAGUGCUGGCUGGGUUCACCCCUCUCUCUUCUGGCAACACCAUAUCCAUCCUGCCUCUUUCUCCAGCCUGGAGAGCCAGGCAGCCAGGAAGUGGCAUUCUCUGCAGUGAUUUGGGAGUUCUGCCUGUGAUCGGAACCGUGAGAGAGUCUACAGACACAGAUAAACUCAGGCUCCAGUCUGCCCCUUGAUGAACCAGCUGGCCUUUCUUGCUGCGCCACACCCCACCACAGGCCCAGAGAUAAACUUCUCUGCUGACCAUACCAACCGUUUGUGUCCAGCAAGAGUCACUGGGAAAUCAGUUUGGGCUGGCUUAGUGGGUAAAGGUGCUUGCCACCGAGCCUGACAUGAUGAGUUCAGCCCCGAAACCUACACUGGAAAGAGAGGACUGACUCCUGAACGCUGGCCUCUGACCUCUACUUGAUGGUAUGCACAUCCCACAACACAGAAAACAAAUACAUGUAAUAAAGGAAGCAUACCCAGAGAAAGUGUUAGCAGAGCUCUGACUCUGAUGACACCGGCUUCAACUUCCUGUCAUUACAAAGGUUCUUAAAAAAAAAAAAAAAAAAAAAAAAAAAGGUUUUUUUUUUUUUUUCUGACAUUUAAUUUGGUUGUUGAAUAUGCUAACAGAUUUUACAAAGUUGGAAAAUCUCAGAAGUCCCAUAUGGCCAGAGCCAUCAGUACACAGGUUUUGGGGGAAAAGCAUUACUGAAACCCCAAAAUGGAAUAUACAGAGACGAGACCUUAACCCCAUUCCUUUGCUAACAUGUCCCCUUUACCUAGUCUAGCUUUUUGAUUCCCUCUUCCAGAUGUGAAGUUUAUUCAUUUCUUGAGAACCCAGUUUUAACAUUGCUGAGCUCAAUUUAAGAUUGGCAAGGGAAAAAGCCAUAUUAGUGGACUUGGCUGAAUUUAUGUAACAGUCAAAAACCCCACUCUCUUGCAGCUCAGUUUUCCAAUAGCCUGCGGCAGUGAAGUUAAAGAUCAGGUGACAGCCAAGCCUACUGCUAGAUGAUUCAACCUGUGGCCAUGCUGGCUUAUAUCUCAUAGUUUGUAAGUUUUAUUUAUUUUAAUUUUCCUUUACAUGUGACUGAUGAAGUCUUUCUACAUGUCAUUUGCUUUCUACGCAUUACCAUAGAACACAGUUGUGUGUGCACUUAAAUUUCUGCGAAUGCAUUCAUCCACUCAUUUAAUAUUAAAGAAAAAGUAAAAUAUGAUUUGGACUCAGCCAUUCACUGUUAACUUCAUUUGUACAGGUGGUGGUAGCAUAGUUUUUAAUCAUAAGGAAUGGAAUUAAAUCUUUUUUUGUUUGAAGUAAAUAAUAACCUCAUGGCUUAUCGUCUUCAUAACAAAAGUGGCUUCGGACUAACUAGAUCAUUUGGCCCUUUCUCUUACUGCCCCCACUUCACAGUGCUCCUGUCCCCUCUCAGUCAGUAUUCUCUUUGAUCUGCAGUCAGGCCCAUUCACUAAACCCUCAGCACAAUCUUCUUCAUAAUUUUAAAACUCUGCCGCAGAAAAUAGGUACAGUUUGCCCACCAUGGCCGUUACACCUCCAGUCAUGGUGCCCUUCUCCUGGGCACGCAGAGAAUCUCUGCCCUUCUUGUACUUGGUGGGGCUGGUCCUUGCCAGGUUAUUUGAAGAAAGAAUGGAGAGAUUUAGGAAUCUUCACCACGCCUAUUAGCAUAGACAUGAUCAGGCCAGAUGUGAAACUGUCAAACUUUAUUUAAAGUUACCUUCAAUAGGCCUGCAAACACUAUUGUAGCAAAAAUUUCACCAAAUGAUUUUUUUUUUUGGUAAUUAUGCUAACCUAUUAGUUUGGCCAUAAUUUUAUAGCAUUUGUGGGAUAGGACUUUUGUUGAAUUGUUACUUUCCUAUAUCAUCCUAAUAAAUAGAACGUUGCCUUUGAUGUUGCAACUCAUUUCCAUUUACCCACUUACAAGAAGUGUAGCUUAUAAUCAUCUACAAAUUGAUAAAUAUACUAGCAGCUUUAAGAAGAUUGAAAACAAUCCCAAAGAAGUUGCAUCUUUUCAACUACAAGUUCGAAAGGGCAGGCUGCUUUAAUUCAUGAUCUAGACUAAUGGGUAUUACUAAGAUAAAAUGCCAAUUUGAGAACUAGUCUAUUAAGUGUACACUUGUCUCUUUGUGUAGCUUGAACAUGGUGGGUGAAAUAGUGCUGAGGGAAGGUCCAACUCAGUGUCCUCGCUCACUGUGAUGUCCUCAGCAGUGCGGAAACAAUGACUGGUGUAUUUGGGUCACAAAGUCUACACAAGAAACCUUCAUUUAAGUCUUUUGUUUCAUGCGCUCUCCCACUGGAACUUCCCAUUUAAAAUUUAUUUGUAAUGAUCAUGGGGGGGGGGGACAGGAAAAUGCCAUUUUACAAAGAAAACUAGUUGUAUUUUUUUUCCUGACCAUAAAAGAUAUGUACAUUACAGCUUGUUGUUCUGUGAACUCCUCAUCAAUAAAGCUACAGUAUAAA